AUGGCUGCUACCAGCAAGCAGCAGGAUGCUUCUCCGUCCUCUCACCGGUGCACUUAUGAUGCAUUCUUGAGCUUCAGGGGCACAGAUACACGCAAGGGAUUUACUGAUCACCUCUACAGGGCUUUGGAGGUGGCAGGGAUCCACACUUUUAGAGAUGAUGACGAAAUCGAGAGAGGAGCAAAUAUUUCAGCAGAGCUUCAAAAAGCAAUACAAGAGUCUCGAGUAUCCAUCAUUGUCUUCUCCAAGGACUACGCUUCCUCGAGAUGGUGCCUGGAUGAACUAGUGACGAUCAUGGAUCGAACCAGACAGGAACUUUUGAAGAAGCAUUCAGCAUUUGCCAGACACCAACAGCGCUUCAACAAGGAGAUGGACAAGGUGGAGAAGUGGAGAAAAGCUCUCAGAGAUGUUGCAGAUUUGGGAGGGAUGGAUUUAAAAGAUCGGUACGAGUCGCAGUUUAUCCAAGAAAUAGUUGAAGAUAUUGGAAAUCACACAUUGAAUAGGAGAUUAAGAGUCAAUCCCUAUCUAGUUGGAAUAGAUUAUCGUGUGAAAGGCCUAAACAUGUGGUUAGAAGAUGGAUCAACUGAUGUUGGAGUAGCUGUAGUCUGUGGGAUGGGUGGAAUUGGCAAGACCACCAUUGCCAAGACUGCUUAUAACCAGAAUUUCAAUAAAUUUCAAGGUAGCAGCUUUCUUGCAGAUAUUAGAGAAACUUCAGAACGUCAUGGUUUGGUUUACUUGCAAAGGAACCUUCUUUCAGAUCUCCAAAAGGGGAAAGCAAAGGAAAUAUACAGCUUGGAUGGAGGAAUGACAGAGAUCAAACGGGCGAUAUGUUGCAAAAGAGUUCUUAUUGCUUUUGAUGAUGUGGACAACUUGGAACAAUUCAAUGCAAUUCUUGGAAUGCGAGAAUGGCUUCAUCCAGGAAGUAAAAUAAUCAUAACAACUAGACAUGAACAUUUGUUAAAGGCUCAUGAGAAUUGUGCAAUAUUUAAGGUGGAAGGGUUGCAUGAGUAUGAAUAA